ACAAAAUUUCAUCUCGUUCGUGUCCUUUCUCCGUGUUUUCAAUGAAUUCUCGUCCUUUUUAGCAAAAUGUCGAAACGAAAACAACUCCCGACGACUGAAUGUCAGUACAACACGAACUGUUAUCGCAAGAAUCCGAUUCAUUUUGAGCAAUUCGCUCACAAUCACAUCCACAAAAUAGUGCAACAAGGCAGAACAAACGGAGAAUUCACAAUUCCAAAGGAUUUGGCGUUCAGCAGAGAGAUUGUAGCAGUCCAAUGUGACAUCGUAGAGAAACUUUUUCCGCAUCUCGUGAGCGAUCAACCAACAAAAAAGGCUGCAAUCGAUAAAAUUCCUGAAAAAACUGUUCAAGCAACUCCAAAGAAGGAAGAAACUAAAAUUUCGGAGGUUGAAAUUACGAAAAAUGAUGAAAAAGUUGAAGAAAUUGAAGACUCACCGCAAAAAUUGAACCAAAAAGUUGAAGAUUCAAAGCCAAAUCCAUCGCCGUCGACGAGCAAGAACGCCGCAACAGAAGCUGAACGCGAAAUUCGUCGAAAAUUAGCGAGAAAUGUUCACGAUUACUUCGAUGUCGUCGCUCCAAAAGGGCAAAUGGCGCGAAAAUUGGAAAAUGCUGCGCCUUACAACUUUUUCUUGACAGCAAUUACGGAUUCAAAGCCAACUCAUAACGAGCCUCUGACAGUUACGUUCAUGGAAUUGCUCGAUGAGAGCCUUGGCGAGUUGGAAAAUAGCGUUCAAAUUAAUUUUAUGGUCGAUAUUGCGUGGCUCAAUGCGAAUUAUUACUUUGCUGGACAAGAGGGAAAACCGAUGCUCGUCUUAUACGGCGACGAUUCCGAAGACCUCCGCAACAUUUCAAAAACUCGUCCCAACAUCACCGCCUUAAAAGUCGACAUGGGCGGCAAUCCCUUCGCCACUCAUCAUUCCAAACUCAUGAUUUUCUGCUACAAAGACGGCAGUUCUCGCAUCGUUGUCUCAACCGCCAACCUCUACGUCGACGAUUGGCAUAACCGAACGCAAGGCUUAUGGAUCUCGAACACCCUCCCGCCUUUGCCCGAAGAUGCCGAUACCGCAGCCGGCGAAAGCCCAACCGGAUUUCGUGACGAUUUCUGUCGCUAUCUCGUCGCUUAUCGCAUCGGGCGUCUCCAACCGUGGAUUUCUCGCCUGCGAAAAACGGAUUUUAGCAGCGUGAAUGUUUGUUUCGUCGCUUCUGUGCUCGGAUCGCAUCGCGAUAUCCCGAAUCGAGGCCCGCCAUGGGGUCAUCCCCGUUUGGGAUAUUUGCUGGGGAAACAUGCAGCUCCGAUUGACGAUUCAGCUGGAAUUGUCGCGCAAUGUUCGUCGAUCGGGAGUUUGGGACCAAAUUUGAACUCGUACAUCGCCGCCGAAUGGAGUCAAAGUUUUCGAAGAGAUUCAGCGCCUCUUGGGAUUCGUCGUGUGCCGCAAUUUAAGCUAAUUUAUCCGACUUACAACAACGUCAAAGGGAGUCAUGAUGAUAUGAUGGGCGGCGGAUGUCUCCCGUACUCCCGAGCAGUCAACGAAAAACAACCGUGGCUCCGAAAUCAUCUUUUCCAAUGGAAAUCCAAGACGCGGAAUCGAAAUCAGGCAAUGCCACACAUCAAAACGUACGCUCGAUGGACCGAUCGGGGACUUUAUUGGUUCGUUUUGACAUCAGCGAAUUUAUCGAAAGCCGCUUGGGGUAAUUUUAAUAAGUCAGCAAAGCUUGAAGCAACUUUGCGGAUCAACAAUUUCGAAGCAGGAGUCUUAUUUUUGCCGAAAUUUGUGCUGAAAACAGAAAAACAGAUGAAUUACUUCCCAUUGGGGGAGGAUAAAAAUGGUGUACCAAAGUUUCCGAUGCCUUAUGAUCUCCCGCUGACGCCGUAUAGUCCGGAAGAUGUCAUUUUCACGCAAGAUAUGAUGAUUCAAUGGCAGAUGCAACAAGCUUUGGCACAGAAAAAAUAAUUUUUGUUAGUUAAAAAUUCAAAUUUUUGUUAAAUUAAAUUUUAUUUAAAGAAAAAAAUUAUUUUUUUACCUUUUUUGAUGAAAAUUUAAUAAUUUUUUUUUAAAUUAAAAA